CAAAUCUCGACUCAGUUCGAAAGUAGACUCGCGCUUGCUCGGACGCGCGCGCGCACUCGGUGCUUCUAUAUUCAAAUUUGAAAUUCGUCCGUUACCAAAAUAUUGUUUUUUCGUAAAGAAUUUUGAAUAGUGGCCAGUGCUGUGAUUUUAUAAGCUGAACUGAUUGGAUCUUGAAGGAUUGUGCGUACUAUUCUUAAAUUGGAUACCUAUACCGCUUAGGUGCGGCCGGAUUGUUAUUUUUGUGUAACACGAAUAAUGUCCCUGUGAGCGAUGGACACGCUAACAUGGUUGUCGUUGGGGCUACAGUUGGCGGCGCUGUGCUCGAUCGUGGGCGCCCUGCUCUUGUACCUGUUGCGGAAGGUCCGCGUGGGUGAGGUGCAGCCCGCGGACAGCGCCAAGACUGUGCUCGUCACGAGCGUGGACACCGCGCUGGGCUUGCAGAUCGCAACUUACCUCAGCGGCCGCGGCUGGCGCGUGAUCGCAGGCUGCCGGCAAGGAGGCCUCGGGGCCAGGCUAGCAGAAUCCUGGCUGCAAGCCCACGUGGCCUCAACUCCUGAGGACCAACCGCCACCGCGCUUAGCGACCGUAGAGUUGGAUGUCGCCAGGGAAGACUUGUUGGAGGAAGCGGCGAGAGCUACAGCGCAGCAUUUACCGGCCGGAGAACAUGGAAUAUGGGCAGUGAUUAACACGGCGGGCAGCAGCGGGCGCGGCGGUGCCUCGUGCUGGGAGGGCGCGCUGCGAACGAACGUGCUCGGCGCGCUGCGCGUUGCGCGAACAUUCGCACCGCUGCUCGCUGCUGCAGCGGUCGACCACCCGCACGCUGGCCGCUUGUUCUACAUUGGCCUAACAUCGGAUACGGACUGCGAGAGCCUGUCACGCGGCGACGACGGCGGCGCGGGCGCGGCCGCGGUCCGCUGGGGCGUGUGGGGCGCCGCGCGUGCCCUCAGGGCUUCGCUGAAGGCCCAGGCGCUCCAUGUGGUGCUCCUGCACGCACCGGACUUGUCCGCUGCGGAGAUAUACUCACCGCCGGCGCAGCUGACUGUUCCGAGCCAGCCGGCUAGCCGGCCAGACACUCCGAGCUCGGACGUGAGCUCGUCCACCACCUGCGCGGUCACCAUGCCUGGCGAGGCCACAGAGUACAGCGCCAAGGUGCUCCCCACCAGCGCCCUUAAACUGCUCGAGGAGGCCCUUACCACCCCCGCGCCCAGAGACACCUACUACCUGAAGAUGAAGCACGACUCCUGGUUCACUAGGAUGCCUUCUUUGAGAGUCACGCAUUAGCUACCUUUCUGUCAGUCUUGGUCUAUCAAUACCAAUGGGUUUUAUUUUAAGUCAUGUCAUAGACAGAAUAAAGUAAAUUCUUUGCGUUUCUGAUAGAAGACAUUAUGCGGAUUAUGCCAUGCCGAAAAUCUUUUAAGUACCAAAAGCGCGGUGCGGAAGGUUAUAGGCGGCAAUAGGCAAUUGUUUUUAUUUAUUGAUCUGGCUGAAUAUGACCCAAAUUAUCAAGGAAUGUCAGAAUAUGAUGAGGAUUCGUUUUUAUCUCACCGUAAUGGGCAUUACUUAAUUUUCAGUUGUAAAGUUAGGUUUUACACAAGGGAUACUAACAUUAAAGUUAUUUAUGAUAAGCAUUAAUCUGAUUUAAUAAUUAGUAUAUUUACAUUUGUUGUAAUUUUAAUUCUAAUGGUAUGUUCUUUAAUGAAUAGAGAAGUAAUGACGCAUAAAAGUACCUAGCAACCGUUUGGUAUUGAUAAACUUAAAGACCGUAAACUUAAAAAACUGUUUUCCCUUAAUUAAAUUGAGGUGAAGGUGCCAAAUCAAAUGUUUUCUAAUAAUCUGUUUUCGGUUUAUACUCACUUAACUAUAAGGGUCAAAUUACUUUCAUUUAUUUGUAUCUUUCGUUAGUUUUUAAUUUAAUUUAUCGACCUCCUUAUCCCACAUCGAAGGCACGGGAUAGAGAUGUAAAGUGCCAAAUUUUCGUCUGAAAGGACUGACUUAAUUUUGAUAGCGUUUCGACUUGAAAUCAGAUUACAUUAAGACUGUAUGGAGAAGUGGUCAGUCCCUUCAAACUAUUACGAUGCUGACGGAACAGUCUGUCAUACACGAACACUUGCUGAACGGUGUAAUUAGCACUUAGACCGCUUUUAUAUAAAGUAACAUUUUCAGACAUCAACAAUAGGUACAUAUCUAAGACUUACGUACGCUAUGGUAAAAGAAAAAGCACCAUUUUGGUUACAGAAAAAGCAAGAAAAUGGGAAAUCAUUAAUUUAUAAUAUAAAAGCCGUCUUAUUAAAUUGUGAAUUGUAAAUAGCUGGAGCUCACUGUGCUAUAUGCUUGAAUACUUCGGGGUUUGAAUGAGUGCAGUACUAUUGUGUUAUCCAGUGAAAUGAAUGUAUUGAAUGAGAAUAUACGGAAUCUUUAGUUUCGUAAAUUAUAAAGUUUUUGUCCAGAAUUGUACUCAAUCAUGCCGUCUAAUCGUUAGUGCUGCUAUUGAUGGUUAAUGUAAAUAAUGUUUGUAUAUUAAAAAAAUCUUCUAUUAAAA